AUGGUUUACAAUUUCAAAGUGUAUAAAAAGUGUUCUCCUAAUGGAAAAAUAACGCUUUAUAUGCCCAAGCGUGAUUUUGUUGAUCACAUUUCUUAUGUUGAACCUAUUGAUGGUAUUGUAGUAGUCGAUGAUGAAUAUGUGCGUGGUCGAAAGGUCUUUGCGCAGGCCGUCUGCACUUUCCGCUAUGGAAGAGAAGAAGAUGAAGUUAUGGGUGUGAACUUUUACAAGGAACUGUACCUUGCAUCGGAGCAAAUUUAUCCUGCACCUGAAAAGCGGGCUUAUGACUUAACCCGUACUCAGGAAAGGCUGGUUAAGAAAUUGGGACAGUUUGCGCUUCCGUUUCGUUUAUCCGUCCCCGCUGGUUCCCCUGGAUCAGUUACCUUGCAGCCAGGUUUAGAAGACGAGGGCGAACCAUGCGGAGUGCAUUAUUACAUCAAACUCUUUGUUGGAGACACGGAGAUUGAUAGAUCUCAUCGUAGGAGCACUGUUGCCCUGGGAAUCCGUAAGAUACAGUUUGCACCAAACAAGCCAGGACCUCAACCAUGCACGGUUGUGAGGAAGGACUUUAUGCUGUCUCCAGGACAACUGGAACUUGAAUUGACUUUAGAUAAACAGCUGUACAUUCACGGCGAAACAAUUGCUAUCAACAUCAGCGUUCGUAACCAUAGCAACAAGGUGGUGAAGAAGAUCAAGGCAUGCAUUCUGCAGUCAGUGGACGUAGUCCUCUUCCAAAACGGACAAUACCGGAAUGUUGUCUGCAGUGUGGAAACUCAAGAUGGAUGCCCAUUGCAACCUGGUGCAAGUAUGCAAAAAGUUGUCCAGCUACGUCCAGAACUGACCCCAUUGCGUGAUCGCCGUGGGCUUGCCUUGGACGCGCAACUGAAACGACAUGACAGUUCACUUGCCUCGACCACUUUGCUUCUGGAACCAGAGCAGCGUGAUGCUUUUGGCAUCAUAGUGAGUUACAGCGCUAAGGUAAAACUGUAUCUUGGCGCUCUAAAUGGUGAACUUAGCGCUGAGCUGCCCUUCAUACUUAUGCAUCCAAAGGAGGGUCGCGGUAAACUUGUGCAAGCUGACAGCCAGGUGGACGUGGAGAUGUUCCGUCAGGACACCGUGAUCCACCAGGAGAGCAUCGACGUCUAUUGA